UGUCGUCCACUUCCUCCUCCACAUCAACUAUUUCUUUGUUCUAUCUUCCACACCCUACUCCUUCUAGAUCAGAUCUAGAGAGGCCUUAGAAAGAGAGAAAGAAAAUCAAAGAGUUCUUGAUUUUUCUUAAUGAUUAGGAUCAAUCCUCGAAAUUUUUUAUAGGGCUGCUUUAAGUGAUAUCAAGUAAAAUACCCUAAUUCAAGCCCAAGAACAAAAUCUGUAAGUGAGUUAGCAUCCCAAGGAUUUUGGAGUUCUGAUCGAGAUAUCUCCAUAUGAAUACCAAUAAAGGUCGGAUACUUACGUGGCUACGGCAGCAACCCCUGACAUCUGCAGGAUUCGAUCCAAUAAAGGAGGGAAAAACGAUCAGGUGGAUUCCUCCUACUGGAGUACCGAAGAUCAAUUUGCAUGGAUGUUACAGCUAUUGAAUCUGCCACAGUCUAUAUAAUUAGAAAUCAUCAAGGAUAGUUGGGCAGAGCCCGAGGCAAGUUAUUGUUAUCUAUUUUGGUGUUUUUGUUGUAAGAUUAUCUAUUAGUUAAUAUAAAAUACGAAAAUAACAAACAAGUAAUUACAUAUAGAAAAAUAAAAUAUGUCGAUUUACGUGAUUCUAUCUUUGAUCUAUGCCCAUAAAUAAAGAUGGGGAGAUUCUACUGCAUCAAAAAUGAAAUACAAAGAAUGUGCGGCAUCUCAGAUAAUAAAAACAUGAUUACAAUAUAUCGUUACCAAACCUAAAACAAUGAAAAAAAACCAAAAUACUUAAAUAGACCAAUUAAAAUCCAAAAAAUGAGUUGGGUUGCAAUAUGGUCGGAGGUAUAAGUGGCUUAUUUAGAGCUACAGGCACAACAAAUAUGGAUAAAGGGUGAUUCUAAAACAGUCAUCGCUUGGCUUACUAAUUAUGUGUUGAACGGAUACCAAGACAACCCCAUCUUGGAGGACCUUAUGGCAUGAGAGACUACUUGUCAAGUUUUAUUGCUGUUCGUAUAUAUCAUGAAGCAAAUCGUGGUGCAGAUUUUUCAGCAAACGGAGCAAGGUAGGGGGAUAUCUCCUUUCCAUCAUCUGCCCAUUUAUUACCAGAAUUUACAGCAAUUCUGCAGGCGGAUGAAUGAUUGUUGCAUUUGAGCGAUCAUAAUAUAUGCCUACAGCAGAAUCUUCGGCUAGUUUGUUUUCUCUCAAUCGACUGAGACGGUCUGAAGUCUCUUUGUAUAUAUCUGUUGGGUUGGUUUUCCAUGUGAAUGUUAUAUGGCGGGUAGGUAGAUUCAUGGUUUCAGGUAUUUACAAGCUGUUUGUACUUUUUAAAUUUUGGCAGUUCCCCCUCUUAUACCGAAAAAAAAAAAAGAAAGAGAGAGAGAGGAAAGAAAGGAGAAGAAGAAAGAGAGAGCAAUGGAUCGUUGGUCGAGCGAUAUACUAAACCCGAAAAUGCCUUUGUUCUAAUACAAAGUUGGACCUUACUCCCUCUCAUCAAAUAAUAAAAUAAGCCCAAUCACCAAUCUCAUAUCAAUUUGUCCAGAUAGAAAUCUCUCACAACCAAGAGAAGCGGACCACCGGAUCCGCUCAAGUUCAACCUGCCGCUAGGCUAGCUUGCCUUGUGUACUAAUGAAACAAAACAUGCUGGACAGUGAGAUUAAACCAGGAUACCCAGAUCAUUAUUGGCAGCCCAACAUAGUGGCCCUACGUCGGCCACUGGGCUUGUGUACAAGGAAUCUGGGUCAGAAAUCCAAAGCAGAUGAGGUCAUCUACUGUUCCUUUGUGAGCAAUUAGCUGGCCAUUUUCACAAGGGGCCCCACCCUCUCUAGUGGCAUCCAAAGCGGAUGAGGUCACCUAAUGUUCUCUUGUGAGCAAGUAGAGGGCCACUGUCGCUAGGGGCCCUACUAUCCAGUGUUUUGCUGCUCGCUCUAAAGCCCUCCGGUUUCUGGCCAUCAAACACCAAAACAGCCCCUUGUAUUUGGGAUUGGCACCCCCCAAAACCAGUGGCACCUCGCAUGCGGUUUUCUCCCACUCUCCUCUACAAAUCGUAUGGCCCCUCCCACUUUCCUUCCCAUCACACUUAAAAACACCACCUCUUCCUCUAAUUUUUCAUCAUCAUUAGAGCUUAAUUAUUUCCACCAGCUCACAGAGAGAGCAGUGAUGGCUUCUGCGAGCAGGGCUUCUUGGGUCGUGGCUGCCAGUGUUGGGGCAGUGGAGGCCCUCAAAGAUCAAGGGGGUUUGUGUAGAUGGAACCAUGCUUUUCGGUCUCUCCACCAGCAUGCCAAGAGCAACAUGGGCUCAUUAUCCCAGGCUAUGAGGAUGUCUUCUUCCAUCGCUGAUGGAAGAAACAAAGGGGAGGAUGAGAGAGCUAAGCAGUCUGAGGAGUCCUUGAGGACGGUCAUGUACUUGAGCUGUUGGGGACUCAACUAGGGAGGUUGGAGUCCUUGUAAACCAAAAAUCUCUCCAAGUAGUUCUCUCCCUUCUGAAUUUUGGGAACUGUGAAUAUGAGAAUUAUUAUAUAUCUUGUGAAGGAAAAGUAAAAGCCAUCUUUAAUUUGCCUACGCUUUUGAGUUCA